AGCUUAAAGGGGCCACAUAAGCAUGGAUAUGGCGUGUUUUGUUCUAGCGAUAUUUAUAGUGCUGAAAAUUUCUGGGACCUGUGCUCAAGAACUGAAGGAUUUCUUGGUGGGAAACGGCAAAAAAUACGUAUGUGCUCAUUCAAUAUCGUUAGAUUCCGCAGCUUCAAAAAUGCUAGUCUCCGAAUUAUUCUUGGGAAGUGAGAUUUAUUUAAGCUGGAGCAAAGAAUUUCAACCCUGUUCUUACGCCAGCUUUGAUCUGUUCAUAACGGAUGACCUUCUGACUAAUAUGGAGAAAAUAAACAUCUAUCUUCAAGAUGUCAAGAUUCAAUCAUCGAUGAUAUUCGUGGCGAGAUCCUCUAAGGACUCCUUAAAAAGGAUAAGAGAGUCUAUGAACAAUUAUAAGGCCUCAAGUUUUUUCUAUUUAGGGCUAUGGAAUAAAACUACGUCGACGGAAUUUUACCAAGUGAUCACGUUAUUCCCUAGCAGUAAUAAUGCCCUUGUCAUUCAGAAAUUGAAACUCGAGGAAAAUGGCAAGAUCAUCGAGGAUUAUAAUCUUCAGGGUAUGGACAUCAUGUCCCAAUCCGUUGAUUGGUUUCCUUACACCAUGUUUGAAUCUGAUGGUCAUUCUUACGGAUAUCUCGUUGAUCUGGCCAAUUCUUGUGCCAAUAUGUUCAAUUUUACCUUAAGAUCCAUCGUGGAACCCAAUGAUGAUUGGGGCAUGCAAUCGCAAUUUGGUAAGAACUUCAGUGGAGUUUUGGGGAACGUGAUCCAGGGAAAGGUGCAUAUGAGCUUGAGCCUCUGGGUUUGGAAUGUGGACCGCAGUCAAUUGCUCGACUUUUCGAUCAUAACCUAUGACAUGGAACAACUCUGCUUUUUUCCUCAAAUACCAAAAGUCGACCUAACUCUAUUCGUUCGUCCAUUCACUUAUGAAUCUUGGAUAGCCACGGGAUUCAUCUCCUUGAUAAUUGGGAUUUGUGCAGUUGUUACCACGUCUAUUCAAUAUAUAAACCAAUCUGAGAGCUACAAGAUGGUUUCAACUUCUGGAUGGUAUUUUUUCGUGCUUUUGAAUGCGUUUUAUGGAGGGGCCCUUACCAUGUUUUUUGCCAAUGAACCUUCUUCUCCAUUUGCUUCCCUUAAAGAUGUUGUGGAUGCUUAUCCUUCUUGGAAUCUCAAAGCUUUGACAGGAAACGAGGUGCUCAUUUUAGGAAACGCAUCACCCGAGAAACCAGAAUAUUAUACUCUCUAUGACAGAUUAAUGGAUAAUCAAAUGAAGAAUUUAUAUUCUAAUUAUGAAGAGAUCAUGGCCGAGGCUCGGUCGAGUCAAACAGUGUUUCACGUUUUUGUCAGACACUUCAAAGGAUUUUUGGGACAACAUCCACACCAAAAAAGAAACUUGCGGACUUUUGCCCAAGGAAAACGUCAAGACGUUGGGAUCAUUUUUCCCAAGAACUCUCCUCUAGUUCCAAUUUUCAGACUUGGAAUUCAGCGUCUCCGGGAAAGAGGAUCAUUGGAAUUUUUGAGCCAAAGAUGGGAAGGCUCAAUGGAAGAAGGCACUUUCCCAGUUGAGGUGAUGAUUUUGUCUGGUGGUCAACUUAUCCUCGUUUAUGUCGUCAUGGGAUUAGGUUACAGUCUUUGCCUGGUUUCUCUUGCCUUGGAAUGUUUUUGGGACAAACUGUCGGUUAAAAGACAAAAUUCGCAAGAGCUAAAACAGGAGAUUAACAAAUAUUGCGAGAACACCGGGGAAAUGGCUGAAAGUCGUGUUUUUGCCGGCAGCCUUGACUUUCAUGGUUGAUGAAGGCAGUAACCCUAAGUUUUGUGUUUAUAUAUGAUUUAUUCUCUGAAUCACGAUGUAAUA